AUGACGCCGAUCAUGAGAGACAACAAAGACCUGAAGAAGAAGUGCAUCGUCGACACGGCCGAGGUCAAGGUCGAGAUGCACCUGCCCAUGAAGAUUGGAGAUUUCACCGAUUUCCUGAACUCUCGAACGCACGCAAAAAACACCCAUUCAACAAGCAGCACGCCAGUAAACAUGUUCAAUCCGCCUCGUGCGUUCACUGCUCGCGCAUCCAGUCUUGUGGUUUCGGAGACCCCGAUCGUGCGUCCGAUGGGACAUUUGAUCGACUCAAAUGGUAAGGCAUAUGUGGGACCGUCACAGCAAAUGGACGUCGAGAUGGAGUUUGCUUUCUUCCUGGGCGAAGGAAUCAAACGCUUCGACCGGGUUUCGAUCGAUGAGGCCGAGAACCACAUAUUCGGUGUCGUGCUUCUAAACGACUGGUCAACCCGUGAUGUCCAGGCUCCUGAAGACCAUCCUUUUGCCGCCUUCAAUGCCAAGUCCUUCGCGUCGACCAUCAGCCCCUGGGUCGUGUCGAUCGACGCGCUGGAGCCCUACCGCACGAAGAUCCAGCCCCAAGAGCCGUCAGACCUGUUGCCGUAUCUGAUUGACAAAAAGCGUCUUGGUACCUUUGACGUCUCUAUUCGCAUGCAAUGGACGCUUUCACCUGAGGGAGAGGUGUUCGACACCUCCACCAGCAACUUGACCAAUGCGUACUGGUCCUUUACGCAGAUGUUGACCCACCAUGCAUUCGGGGGUUGCGAAAUGAGGACAGGAGACCUGAUCGGAACCGGUACACUUACUGGAGAGGGGCCAGAAUCAAUUUGUUCUCUGGUUGAGCGAACACAGAACGGGGCAAAACAGAUACAGACUCCUUCGGGGAACAAGAGAUUCUAUGUUCAAGACGGGGACAAGGUCACGUUUACGGGUUGGGCGGGUGAAACAGGGGAUCAAUCACUGUCAGGGAAGAGGGUCGGUUUCGGGAUCUGCGAGGGUAUAAUUGUUCCGGCGAGGCCGCUCUAG